CAGUGGAAGCGCUACUGGACUCCAACUGGUAGCGGGCUAGGGCGUUGCUAGCGGCAGAAAGUGGGAUUUUUUUUUUCUCUCGCUACCUUUCCUCAAGUUCUACUCUUCUACAAGCCGUGUCUCCCAUCGGGAAACAGCGCCUUUUACGUUUGCCAACAGUUUGAGGACCCCUCCGAGGCUUUCGGUGGCUGUUUACAGAGGAGCGGUUGAUACUUUGCGUCCCGUUAGCUGGCCGCGUUGCUAACCUGCUUUCCAUCCACGGGAAUUCUGCCGAGAAACGACCGAAUCCUGGAAACAUGGAGUCAAGCGACGUAGCGCUGUGCUAACCCCUACUCCGCUGGAUGUUUUUUUUUUUUUUUUUUUUGUGCUCCCGGAGACUUUUCGACACGGAGACAUAUCACAAGCUACACGGGACUCAAGAGGGUGUUGUUACAUAUCAUUUUUUCCGUCGCGGCUCGGCUCAUUGUUGUGAACGGGAGUUUGCUUAGUUUGCACUCGAAACAAGAGCACACACGAAGCAAAGUUUUUUUUUUUUUUCUUUUUUGCUGAAAGGGCUCAUCUGUUUUGUUUGCUGGUAGCAGGCGAGAUUUAACGCCUGCCAGCCUGGCGUGAGAAAGGAUAGCCGAAAACACAACCAUAUUUCUUGUUUUCUAUAUAUAAAUAUGAACAUCUUAAGCCGCUUUGUUUUUUAAUCUCAACAUUUAGCCGCAGUUGUUUUGCUAACUUGUAACACGGUUCGUUGAUACUCGCUACUGAGCGAUUCUCAUGAUCACGGGAGAGUCGUCCCCACAGUCACAGGCAGGCAUUUCUGGGAACAGGGAAUACCAAAUGGGACUGCGGGAAUUUCCAGCGUCUUUUUUAAGAUCAUUUAGGCACCGAGGCCACUGGUAGCCGAGCGAGGGGUGGUGGCAGACAGACUACAUCGCUGGGCCAAGGUGUCUGGUGGUGCAUUUUGGAUUGUUUACACGUUUCCUACCGGCGGAAAACUGUAAUGUGAAUGCAGAAGGAGUCAUACAAGGAGUCCAUAUAUGAACGACAAGUUUUGCCUGCUGGAGCUGUUUUUAUAUUUAUUAUUGCUGGCGAAACGCUCUACACUGUAAGGUCCUUGCUGCUGUUUCAUUUCGACAAGGAUUGCCUGUAAACAGGAUCAACCAGUCAGUGUUUUAUUUUUAUUUUGCCCCCUAUUUAAUCUUUGGACGUGCUUUGCAACAACCGUUCCCAAACGGAGUUGAUUCUGAUCAUUGUUUACAAAAUCCUUGCCUACUUCAGGACGAAUGCCAGAGAAGGACGCUCCAGGAAGUCAGGUCACCACGCUCUGGAAAAUGUUGAUGGGAUAUAAUUUGCUGCAAAUCUAGAACCGGAAGCCCAAUGAGUGACACACAGUUCAGCUCCACUGACAGGAUUACCAAGAAAGCAAUAAGAACCAGCAGCAUUCUCAUUAAGGACCAUCCCCCAGACAAGAAACCUAAAAGUGACAAAACCUCACUCUCCUCCAAUGAGUUUGACCCUACAGAAGCUCUGGUGGUGGAGAAGAGUGGCAACAGCAGUGUGCUUGCAGAGGGAAAGCCUGAGUCCUGUGGUCUGGUCCAGCGAUGUGUGAUCAUCCAGAAAGAUGAAAAUGGCUUUGGGCUCACUGUCAGUGGUGACAACCCUGUGUUUGUGCAGCUGGUCAAAGAAGAUGGGGCUGCUAUGCGAGCAGGUGUUCAGACAGGAGACAGGAUCAUCAAGGUUAACGGGACCCUUGUUACACAUUCUAACCACACCGAAGUAGUGAAACUUAUCAAAUCGGGCUCCUAUGUGGCCCUCACGGUUUUGGGACGCCCUCCAGGGCUCGCCCAGAUCCCUUUGCCUGAAGCCGAGCCCGACAUCUUGGGUGUUAGCAUAUCCUCUCCAAACUCUCCAGCAGCAGAGCGCCCAUAUAGUCCUCUGGACCGCCUCUCCCCCUUACAACCGUCAUGGGAAGAAAACAACAGUUCCUGCAACCAGAAGACUAGUGUCUUGCAAAAGAAGCUCUCAAAAGAACAGCAGGAUCUGCAGGCAAUGAAAGAGGAGUACAGCAGGAACCCCUCCCCCAAACUACUGAAAGACAUCCAGGAAGCUAAAAAACACAUUCCUCAGCUGCAGGGUCAGCUCUUUAAGGCCACUGGAACAACACAGGAGAAUGUUUCAAGUGGCGAUGCAGACGACAGUAGCAUGCAUGAAACGGAUCGCACGCAUACCCCUAAAGCAGACAACAGCACAGAUCUGUCCUGGAGCAGCACUCCUAUAACACGCAUGUUUGGACCAGCAUCUCCAGAAAGCCAGUGUCCAAAAGACUUCUCCUACCCUAGCCCAAAGAGCAUACCCCGAAACAGCUUCAACUCCUGCCAUUCCCCAGAGACAGAGGAUACCACUGACCUGGACUCUCUGUCACCCACCACAUUCAGCAGUCCCUCCUCUUCUCGCGUUAUCUCGCAAAUUAUCGGAGCUGAAGACGACUAUUUUGAUCGAGACCAAGAGCAGACAAACGGCCUGUGUGACAGCUUUAACAGUAUCGCGCAGCUCAAGUCUCGCCCUGCCCACCUGGCAGCCUUCCUGCAUCAUGUCAUCUCUCAGUUCGAACCUGCUCCUGUGUUGUGCUACCUCUACGCUGAGCUCUAUAAGCAGACCAACUCCAAAGAGACCAGACGGGUUUUCAUGGACCUCCACAAUUUUUUUAUGGACCGGGGAGCAAAUUUAAAGGUUCCUGUUCCUGAAUCUGUUUCCUCUGAUCUUGACCGGCGGCGGACGGAGCUGAUACCAGAGGAAAUAAAUAGGCAACAUGUUCAAACCCUGCAGGACUCUCUCCUAGCUGAAGUUGAGAAAAACCUCGAGGACUUUAGGCAGAAGCGCAGCAUGGGCCUAACUGUGGCUGAAGCUGAGCUGGCCAGACUGGACCAAGAGAGAGUCCGAGAUCGCGUCGCUCUUGAGCGGGAACGUUCAUACGCUGAAAACAUAAUCUCCAAAAUAGAUGAUAUCCUUUCCACUCCUCAGACCACAGAGGAAGACAAAUGCAAUACGAUACAGUUUGUUAUCUGUACAUACAUGAAGCACCUUGGUGUGAGGGUCAAGGAGCCUCGAAAUCUGGAGACCAAACGGGGUCUGAACCGCAUUUUCCCUAAGAUAAAGAAAAGUAUUAAAACCGACAAAGAAGGUGAAGUAAAAAAGAAAUUUUCAAUUCUUGUACCUCAGCGUCGACCCAGCCGCAUUGAAGCAGCAUCAGCAGGCAAAGCUCUGGACAUUCGCCCCAGGCCUCAGAAACAGCUGUCUCAGCCAACUCUGGGAGCAGUUGAACAAAUGGAUGGUAGUCGUCUGAGGGGCAGCCAGUCCAGCGAGGGCUCCGAACUCACAUAUCCCAUGUCUGUCUCAUCUCCAAGUAACACCACCCACAGCGUGGACGCAAGCCGGGAUGCUGACAAUGUUGGGACACCAACAUCAGCCCCCUCCAGGUUGAUUGACGGACUUCAGUCGGAUCCUCUGGAUGGAUUAACUGUACCUGCUUCAGAUAUGGAGCUUUAUACCCUGGAACAGUUACAAGAGGAUGACAGAGAAAGUGAUAGAGCUCACGAGGGAACGCCAAAGGCAGUUAGAAGACUUGAGGGUUUGGGUGUCGGUGAUGUUCAGAGCGAGGAUGAUCGGGGGACGGACUCUGAGCUUGAUCCUCCCAACUGGCAGCAGCUGGUGGGACGAGAGAUCCUCGCUGUACUCACACCUCAAGAGAUUAAGAGACAAGAAGUUAUAAAUGAGUUAUUUUAUACAGAGCGUGCGCAUGUUCGGAUGCUGAGAGUUUUGGACCAUGUUUUCUACCAGAAGCUUUCCAAAGACGCAAUCCUCCCCCCCACCGACAUCAAGAACAUCUUCACCAACCUAGAAGAGGUUCUACAGCUGCAUGUGUCAAUAUUUGAGCAAAUGACAGCGGUGCGGAAGAGAAAUGAGUGUUCUGUAAUAGAUCUGAAAGGGAACGACUUACUCUCAUGGUUCAGCGGUGCCGAGGAGGAGAAGAUCAAGCAAGCAGUGGGGACAUUUUGCAGUAACCAGCCGUUUGCACUGGAGAUCAUCAAGAACAAGCAGAAGAAAGACUCGAGGUUCACUUCAUUCAUCCAGGAGGCUGAGAGUAACAGACAGUGUCGACGACUGCAGCUAAAGGACAUCAUUCCUGUAGAGAUGCUACGGCUCACCAAGUACCCCCUGCUGUUAGACAACAUUGUCAAGUACACAGACGAUCCAGAGGAGAAGCACAAAGUUAAGCAGGCAGCGGACUGCUGUAGAAAGAUCCUCAGUCAUGUCAACCAAGCUUUAAAAGAGUCUGAGGACAAACAGAGGUUAGAGGACUACCAGAGAAGGUUGGACCUCUCCUCUCUAAAGCAGACAGACAACCCCAUGAUCCUAGAGCUAAAGAACCUGGACUUGACCAAGAAGACACUGAUUCACGAGGGCGCUCUAUCAUGGAAAAUGAACAAGGACAAGACUAUUGAGUUGUACACACUCCUCCUGGAGGACAUUCUUGUUCUGCUACAGAAACAAGAUGAGCGUCUGAUCCUUAAGUGUCACAGCAAAAUCCCGCCAGGCACCUCAGAUCCAAAACAUAUCUUCAGCCCCAUCAUUAAGCUCAACACUGUUCUGGUGCGCUCUGUGGCCACAGACAACAAGUCCUUCUUCGUUCUCUCCAUGUCUGACAAUGUUGCACAGAUCUACGAGCUAAUGGCGCCCACAGUCUCAGAUCAGAAAACGUGGCAGACUCUGAUCUCGCAACGAGCCGAUCCUAUGAAAGCCAAGCCUCACAGCAACCUACCGUUACCUCAGACUGAUGGGGAGAGAGACGGCGUGGAGAUCAUUACAGCUGGCAUUUCCAGACUGAGCAGAGAACGAGACCGCACAUCUACCGGCAGCACUCAGUCCUCGGAUAAAGAGAGCGGCCCAGCCUCUAGAAGUGCACUGCAGAGUUCUCUACCUGGUGCUAACACGUUUGAGGAAGUGAAGGCAGAUGGGGAGGGAGAGGAAGAGGAAGAUUUUGUGGACUCAGAGCUUCCUUAUGAAGUACCUGAAGUUGACAGAGAAGGAGACUCGUUCGAUGUGUUUCCCUCAAGGGCAGAGGAAGCAUUAAAAACAUUGGCUGCAUUAAAGCAAGUCCUGGUGAACCAGCUGAUGUCCCAGGAGGCAGCACAACAAACCAAACGUUCGACGGGAGUCCGUCUCCUAAGGACCACCUCUUUGAGGACCCCGACAGACAACCGCACAACGGUGAUGGUUCACAACGGCUCAGAGAAGAGCAGCUCUAAAGCGGAGCACCUGGCUCAGGACUUGGGUUCAGGGGACACUGGAUUCUUUGAUUCUCCUGAAGAUUAUGGAUGUCUAGUCCUGGAGGGUUACGGCGGCCAGGGGGAGAGCAGCACAGACGACGACAUGCUGGCAUCAACCCCAGGGAAACAGCUGAGAGCCUCACAAGGCUGUGCUGCCGACUCCGGGAUCAAUCUGAGAUUUUCUUCAACGUCACAGUUUGGCAGCCUCUCCACUUUCAGCAGACAGGUGUUGUCUCACCUUAGAAAUCUUCAGACCAACCUCAGCUAUUUAAAGGAGGUUGAGACAAAGUACAAUAAUCUAAUACGCCAAAGGACAGAGAGGUCAUCGACAGACGCAGAUGGAAGCAAAGAUAAAAGAUAGUGUGGAUGUCGGCGCCACAGCUUUUGGCUUUGGUCCCAUAGAAGAAGUACUGACUCGCCGUCUGUCCUUUCUUCUCCAGUCCUGGACUUUUUGGACGUCCUAUAAGCUUGUCCUUCGACUGCUGAGCUCUUCUUUUUUCAUCACCCACAGUCACCACUGGGAAUAAUAGACUUAAGUGCGGAGCAAAUGUUUCUGAAGGGAGAAUUCAUCUGUGUGGUGCCAUGCCUUCCCUUCUCAGCACAAGGCAAUCAGGGAAGUGGGAUUGCCCCCAAAACCUCAACCCCUUUUUACCAUGGAACGCCCAUUCCCCCCCCCCCCAUAAACUCCCUGCAAGAAAGAGAACUUAUACCAAAAUGUACAAAGAUGAGUGUUUAGAAUAUAUAUAUAUGAAACACAAACGAGAAAAGGAAAAUUUUAAGAUAAUGUAUUAAGAUUUUUUUUAUUCCCAAGAUGUAUUUAUUUUCUUUCUUUUCAUUUUUUUAAAAGUGUUUCCCAAGUUGCGUGCAUGCUGUUGGCCAUGGUGUUACCUUUUUAGCUGCUUCUCCUGCUUCGGUCACACAUGGUUGGCAUGAGUUGGACGCUAGCAUACAAGUUCUCUAGCGUAUCUUGAUGAGUGGCAGCGCUAUAUUGACUGAUAAGAGGCCAGAGUUGCACUUGUUACUGAUAAAUCCAGAGUGUAUUAAAGCUCCUGAACAUUGUUAAAGUCCAGAAUUUAAAUUCUAGGUUUGCUGUUAACUAGAAUGAAGAGUCUUGAGGCUCUGAUCUGGUCUUGUUACAUUUCUGUGCUGACUCCUUUCUCGUUCCCUUCACUCUUUUCUCCUUUUGCGUGUGAUUCUCUCCAUUUUUUCCCCCUGUGAACUUCUUUGGGUGUCAUCUCUUUCCUCUUUCAAGCAGCCGAGUGCCUCUCAGGCUUAUUUAUCCCUUCCCACACUCUAUAUGUCAUGCUUCCUGUUCUGCCUCUGGUUAUCUUGCCCUAUUACCCUCUCCUACAAGGAGCGGUCAUGCUCUCUCUAUAUCAGCUUCUGACAGAAAUGCUGCUUUUUUCUGUUACUGUUGGCGAUACAGAUCUGACUGCCCGAAACUCUAAUAAUGUCAUGCAGUUCAACAUAUAGUGUACAAUGAUCAAGUUGGAAGGUUAUGCAUAACUUUACAAAAUAAAAGGUGCCAUGACACAUUGAAAAAGAUAA